UAGUCUUUAAAUACUUAAGAGUUUUGAGGAAUCCAAAAAAUCAAAUAGGACCAAGUCUCAAUCUUUUGUCUGCCGGGGAAUUAUCUUCCUUCCCACGCGUUUUCAAACCCAUUAUAUAACAAAAACAAAAACAAAAAUUGUACCAUAUUAAGAAGCUUCUAAAUCCCAUUCGUUCCAGAUUCAGCUCCUUCCCGGAUGUUUCCUCUCAGGGACAAAAAUGUCAAAAAAGGCCACGAAAUAUGCCACGUCACCUUCCCCGAGCCUAAGUCCAUCCCAAACCCCCUGUUGACCUCCUUUAUUCAAUCCUUCUUCCUCCUCUCCCCGCCCCCGCGGUUUCUGUCCCUUCCCUUGACCCUGCGGGGCUAGAGUUGUUGAACCGGCGACCGGUUUGACCGGUCUUCUCCCUCCCCCCGGCAGCCAUUAAGGAACAACCCCCGCGGUUUCAAUCUCUCUCUCUCUCUCUCUCUCCUCCUUCCUUAAUUUCUUCACCUUCCUCCUCGACGACAUAAGCCAAUACCCAAUUCCAUUGCCUUCCAAAAACUCUCUCUCUCUCUCUCUCUCUCUCUCUCUCUCUCUCUCUCUCUCUCUCUCUCUCUUUGUGAUUGGAAAUUGGAAUCGGAUCGACCAAGCAGCAAAGCAUGAACGAUCUCUUCUCCCGCUCCUUCUCCCGCUUCCGAAGCGAUCCAGUCUACUCGCCGGAUCGCGGUCAGUCCGGGGUUCAGAUGUCCGCCGCCGGUGGAGGAGGAGUCAACCUCGACAAGUUCUUCGAAGACGUCGAGUCCAUCAAGGAGGAGCUCAGAGAGAUCGAAUCUCUCCACCAGCGGCUUCAGAACUCGCAUGAACAGAGUAAGACCCUGCACAACGCGCAGUCCGUGAAGGAUCUGCGGUCCCGCAUGGAUUCUGAUGUCUCCCUCGCCCUCAAGAAGGCUAAGGUAAUUAAGGUUCGGCUGGAGGCACUCGACCGUUCCAACGCCGCCAAUCGCACCCUUCCCGGCUGCGGUCCCGGCUCAUCCGCCGAUCGCACGCGUACCUCCGUCGUCAACGGCCUUCGCAAGAAGCUACGCGACUUUAUGGACUCCUUCAACUCUCUCCGCCAGCACAUCUCCUCCGACUACCGCGAGACGGUGCAGCGCCGCUACUUCACCGUCACCGGCGAGAAUCCGAACGAGGAAACAGUCGAUCUGCUCAUCUCCACCGGCCAGAGCGAGACUUUUCUCCAGAAGGCCAUCCAGGAACAAGGUAGAGGGAGGAUAAUGGACACAAUAGUGGAGAUUCAGGAGAGGCAUGACGCGGCGAAGGAGAUGGAAAGCAACCUGAGGGAGCUGCACCAGGUGUUCCUGGACAUGGCGGUGUUAGUGGAGGCGCAGGGGGAGCAGCUGGACGACAUCGAGAGCCAGGUGGCGAGGGCCAAUUCGUUCGUGAGGGGCGGGACCCAGCAGUUGCAGACGGCCCGGAAGCACCAGAAAAAUACCCGCAAGUGGACCUGCUACGCCAUCACCCUCUUGCUGGUCAUCAUCUUGUUCGUCGUCUUGUUCACGGUCAGGCCGUGGGAGAGCAACGGCGGCGGCGGCGGCGGCGGUACCAGCCCCGCCCAGCCCUCCCCCCCUGCCUAGCCGUAACAUUGCUGCGGUCCCAUUAUCUCCAUUGUAGGCAACGAUGCAUAAUAGUAAUUUUAUUUUUCGCCCAUUUUCGAUUUACAUGAAUAUUUUUUUUUUUCUGGGGAGUAAUGCCUUUAAUGUGAAUAGCAAUUUGGAGGGUGGAAGAGGAUAUUUGAUUGAUGAAAUGGAGUGAUUAUUUUGAUCACUCUAUACUUUUUUGCUUUUUUGUAGAAAGUCCUUAUAGAUCAUUAUUUGCAUUCCUUUUCUUUA